CAGGCGCGGAGCCGUUGCCGGCAGAGAGGUUGCGGGCACAGCGGUUUCCAGAGCAGCUUCGACUAGAGAGACUGGGCUGAGCAGGUUCCGAGGCCGACCGGGCGGCUCGGCCAAGCCCGAAGCCCCGGCGUCCGCCUCCUGCGGCGUCCUCGAAUCCGUCGCCAUGAACCCCGCCGUCGUCGUGGUCCACGGUGGCGGAGCCAGCAAUAUCUCCAAGGACCGCAAGGAGCGGGUGCGCCAGGGCAUCGUCAAAGCCGCCACCGUGGGUUACAACAUCCUCAAGGAGGGAGGGAGCGCAGUUGACGCUGUGGAAGGAGCCGUGACCGUCCUGGAAGAUGAUCCCGAGUUCAACGCAGGUUGUGGAUCUGUCUUGAACGAAAAUGGUGAAGUUGAAAUGGAUGCAAGUAUCAUGAAUGGGAAAGAUCUGUCUGCAGGAGCGGUGUCUGCAGUCCGCUGUGUCGCAAAUCCCAUUAAAAUUGCACGGCUUGUUAUGGAAAAGACACCUCAUUGCUUUCUGACUGACCAAGGUGCAGCAAAAUUUGCAGCAGCCAGUGGGAUUCCAACAAUUCCUGGAGAACAGCUGGUAACAGAAAGAAACAAAAAACGUCUAGAAAACGAAAAGCAUGAGAAAGGUGCUCAGAAAUCAGACUAUCAAAAAAACUUGGGGACCGUGGGUGCCGUUGCCGUGGACUGCCGAGGAAAUGUGGCUUACGCGACCUCAACGGGGGGCAUCGUCAACAAGAUGCUGGGCCGCGUCGGGGACACGCCGUGUAUAGGAUCUGGAGGUUAUGCUGACAAUGAUAUUGGAGCCGUUUCAACAACAGGGCACGGAGAGAGCAUCCUGAAGGUGAAUCUGGCCAGACUCACUCUCUUCCACAUGGAACAGGGAAAGACGUUAGAAGAGGCCGCUGACGCGUCGUUGGGUUAUAUGAAGUCAAAGGUCAAAGGUGUAGGUGGUGUCAUCUUGGUCAACAAAGCAGGAGACUGGGCGGUGAAGUGGACCUCCACAUCCAUGCCCUGGGGCGCCGCAAAGGACGGCAAGCUGUACUCUGGAAUUGAUCUUGGCGACACCAGCAUCACUGACCUGCCCUAAGCCCCCGGAAGCCGUAUUCUAGAAGCUAAGACUUAGCUUAAUCAAUUAGAUCUAGAAAUGGCAAAUUCUGCAGUGUGUCACUCGUUUUGUUGCCUUGAUCCGUGUUUGGUUGGGGACAGAUUCCGAAGUGAUGUGCGACAUGCCCAUGUUAGGAUCAAAUAAGACUAGUGAAGAUGACAAACUCGCUGAGCCUUCCUCGUGAAUACUCCCCAUUGUCUGAGGUUAGAAAGAAGAAACAGCAUGAUCUUAACAGGACAGAAACGGCCUCAGUGCAGGGAGUGCCUUUUGGAAUUGGGGGACCCACUGCAGUGACAGAGGCUGUAGGCGCGCGAGGGUGCGGGGGGCCCGGAGGAGAGCAGCGCUCCGGGGCAGGACCCAGUGCUGGGACGAGGUGGGGAGACAGUGAAGGGGAGACAGGGCAGCUGAGCUAACGGAUUGGUGAAUGUUACACGUGAACGUUGCAGAGCUCGUUCUGAGCCAGAAGAACAUUAGGUAAAAGAAUCUCUGAGAGAGAAACUGAUUUGUUUAAGAAAGUGCAGGUCUUCUCUCACUUACCAACAUAGGCGUGUUUCCAGAUGCUUCCAAAGGACCCUCUGGUAACCCCUGGCUCUAAUCUGCUGAUGAAGGGUCGUCAUGGAGACUCUGGAGGGCCUCCAAGUCUGAGGGUUUUCUCAGGCUCACACACACACGAGCCUGCUCACCUCGUGUUUCCCCCCAGCCAGCCUCCGCCUCCGCCUCCCAGAGCCCCGGGUCCCCAUGAUGAGCGAUGGGGAUCGUGACCUCUCCGCCUCUACUACGACAGGGAAGGGCCAGUCAGUGUCGAGAUGACCCUGACUUAAUGGCGUCCAUGACUGUCCAGUGCUGUGGGUUCCCCCAGCUGAACCAGGUGUCCACUGUGGUCAGCAUGGUGAAGAAAGUCAUUUCCUUGGUGGAGAGUAUUCCUUUUAACCUCUUUACACUGGAAAUGGUAUUUUUGCUGUGACAUAUCUGCUCAGUUUUUUAGUCUGUCAGGGCUUACCUUCUCUCUGGAAAGAAAUUGCUUCACUUUAAAUUCCACGUGCCACUAAUAAAAUGUAUUUUGAAACAAUAA